AUGAGUUUGUUAUCCAGUGGCAAGUACAACCAAGGGUUUGGUAAGAUCCCUACUGCAAAAGCAGUACAACAAGGGACGAACAACAACAACGAUGGUAUUGAAGAUGAUGGCCGUCCCUGCGAAACCCUUAGAACCUCAUACCUCCCCGACGACUGUCUAAAUCUUAUCAUUAAGUGCUUAAAAACUAGAGAUCGUAAUUCCUUUGGUUUAACUUGUCGUCAAUGGCUUAAUAUUCAAAACAACAAUCAAGAAUUCUUAGCAUUUCGUGGUCGUAAAAAGGAUGGAAGAACUAGUGUUGAUGAUAGCUUUCCGAUAGUUCUUUAUAAGUUGUUGAGCCGAUUCCAACAUCUCAAAUAUUUGUCUCUAAGUAGGAGCCCUAAGAUAACGGAUUCUGUUACAUCAAAGCCACCGUUCUGCUUUGAAUCCAAAGUUCAAGAUCUGCGCUUAUGUUACUGCAUUAAGUAUUCAGAUAUCGAGUUGUCUAUUAUGUUUUCAUGGUUCCCUCGUUUGAGAUAUAUAAGUUUAUCACGUUCUUAUAUAACUGAUAAGGGUUUAGAGGCCCUAGCAAGAUGUUGUUCAUCCUUAAAGCAGGUCCAACUCUGGGGUUGUCAAUUUAUUACUGAUUCAGGAAUAAGAUUUCUCUUACAAAAUUGUCGAGAACUGCAUUCGCUUUGUAUUGGAUGCUGCACCAAAAUAACUGGUAUUGGCUUUCUUAACUACCCAAAGACCUUAACCCGUCUUGAAGCAAGCCAGUGCAGAUUUAAAUCACAGGGGGUUAAAGCAAUUGUUAGUGGUGGUGGGAUUGAACAUCUGUGUCUCUUGGCACCAUAUGAAGCAUCUAUUAAUACCGAAGCACUUGUUACGAUUUCAAAAGGUUGCCCUUUAUUAAAAGAGCUCAUCCUGGAAAACUGUGAGAAUGUGAAGCUAUUGCUCGGAAUUGCAAGAAUUUGGAAUCCCUUGACGUGCGGAGAUGCAUGGACCGAUUUGAAAGAUCUAUUAAUACUAGAGCUGUUGUUACGAUUUCAAAAGGUUGCCCUUUAUUAA